ACCAGCUCGUCCGUUUUUCCUUACCACCAACUCGUCCGUUUUUCCUCGCCACCAGCUCGUCCGUUUUUCCUUACCACUAGCACGUCCGUUUUUCCUCACCACCAACUCGUCCGUUUUUCUUCCUGUACCAACUAUACCGUUUUUCCUCACCACCAGCUCGUCUGUUUCUCUUCCUGUACCAACUAUACCGUUUUUCUUCACCACCAACUUGUCCGUUUUUCCUCACCACCAGCACUGCCUGGUUUCGACACCCCCUAUGACCAAAGCUCAACGGUCGCUCUCUGAACCUUAUGUACCAACCAGGGGCGUCCACUCAAGCGGUGCAGCUCAAUAGUAACACCUGUCACUCUGCCACCCGUCAUCCCGACACCCGUCAUCCCGACACCCGUCAUCCCGACACCCGUGUCACCCCGACGCCUGUCACCCCGACGCCUGUCACCCUGAAACCUGUCACCCCGACGCCUGUCACCCCGACGCCUGUCACCCCGACGCCUGUCACCCCGACGCCUGUCACCCCGACACUUGUCCCUCUACCAGCCGCCACUCCGACACCUGCAACUCUACCACUUUCCAUUCCACCAGCUGUCAACAUAAGACCUGCCUCCCCUCCACCCGUCGCUCUGCUUCUUUCCCUUUCACUGGUUGCUACCUUCCAUCCUCCACUUGCCACUUCACCACUCACCCCUCGACCACCUCCAACCGCCGCACUUCGUGCAACUCUACGUGCUUCUGUAUCGGUUCUUACGACUUGAUGGCAUACGGCCAGACCCGAUACGACCUCCUUAGCCAGAACACCCAUUCCCACACCCUCCCCCUCACCCAUAAGCCCCACGCAGCCACCAUGUCCCCCAAGAAAAAGUUAUGCAAGAUACUCUCAAGCCACAGCUAUGACGCUCUGGUAGGAGGUCGGACCAAGAUCGUGAUGGGGGCGGUGGCCAGGAAAGCGUCCGGGGAGUUCAGUAAGCUUGAUGUGGUGCAGUUGGUGCUGCAGCAGCAAUACGAGCCUCUCGUGGCCGGCACUCAUAACGACGACCGUAACCCUCUUCUCUACGGGGAGGGGCCAGAGGAGCUGCGUAACGUGAUGCUGUCCGUGGCCAGCGCCCGCACCCUCGUGGCCGACGGCAGCCUGGGCACCCCGCAACAGGUUGAGACGGAGCAUGGACCCAUCACCAUCGCGGUGGUUGGUGACACCACCAAGCCCACCAUAUUCACCUACCACGACCUCGGCCUCAACCACGUCACCAACUUCCAGAGUUUCUUCCACUACCCCGACAUGCGGCCGCUGCUGGGGAGCUUCUGCGUGGUGAGCAUCAACGCCCCGGGGCAGGAGGAGGGGGCCCCCAGCCUCCCCCAGGGGUACGUGUACCCCACCAUGGACGAGCUGGCGGGCACGGUAGAGCGGGUCCGGGCCCACCUCAACGUGCGCAGCUUCAUCGGCCUCGGCGUGGGCCUGGGCGCCAACGUGCUGACCCGCUACAGCCUGACCCACCCGCAAAAUAUCCAGGACUGCGGGUUGGUGCUGGAGGAGCAGCCCGGCAAGGUGAUGGAGGCGCUGCGUUUGUUCCUGCAGGGCCAAGGCUAUGCCGUGGCCGGGGCAGCGAGACGCGCCUCCUGCGUCCCUAGUAGUGGAGCAGUCCACACCCGCCGGUUGGGGGCGCGCCAGAACUCCCUCCCCCUCAUCGGGGUCCCCCCCGCCGUGAAGGGGGGCUCCGCCCUCCCCUCUGUCCCCGACGAGGGUCCAGGCUCGCCGACCAAUGAGGAGUCGGAGGCUAGUCACGUGACCAAGAAAAGUGAUGACGUCACGACUACGUCAUCAGGCGCAGGCGCCUCGACCAAUCACGACGCGGCUGGUGGUGACGACACCGCGGUGGGCGGGGCCUCAGACACUGAUAUUCGUAUCACUGAAAACCCCUUGGAGCAUCCGGCGGUCUAAAGAUCAUUUAUUUCGGAAAAAUGUGCAGAGGAAUUAAAUUAUUUUGAAAAA